AUGGCCCCCCGAGGCGAGAUCCCCCCGAACAAGACGACCACGUACCGGUCCAACGGCCAACAAGACGAUGCACCCUCCACCACACCGCCAGACCUGCGGAUCAUCCACUACAACGAUGUCUAUCACGUCGACGAGGCCAGCGCGGAGCCGGUAGGUGGUCUGGCCAGGUUCAUCACCCUGUGCGAGGAGUACAAGAACGUGCCGGAUGUGCCGGAACCGGUGACUUUCUUCUCGGGAGACGCCUUCAACCCGAGCUUGGAGAGCUCCGUGACCAAGGGGCGUCACAUGGUGCCUGUUCUCAAUGCCAUCGGCACCGACUGCGCUUGUGUAGGGAACCACGACUUCGACUUCGGCAUCAAGCAAUUCGAAAACCUCACGUCCAAGACGACCUUCCCAUGGCUGCUCGCCAACGUGCUCGACCCGGCGCUGGGCGACGACGUGCCGCUCGGCCACGCCAAGCGCACGCACAUCAUGACCAGCUCGACGGGCGUCAAGAUCGGCAUCAUCGGCCUCGGCGAGCGCGAGUGGCUCGCCACCAUCAACAGCCUACCGCCCGACCUCAUCUACCGAUCGGCCACCGAGACGGCAAAGGAGCUGGUCCCCCAGCUGCGCGAGCAGGGCGCCGAGAUCGUCGUCUGCCUCAGCCACAUGCGCGAGCCCAACGACAACAAGCUGGCCGAGCAGACGGACGGACUCAUGGACAUCAUCCUCGGCGGACACGACCACUACUACAGCCACAGCUUCAUCAAGGGCACCCACGUGCUCCGGUCCGGGUCCGACUUCAAGCAGCUCAGCUACAUCGAGGCCCGGAGACGGGAACCCCGGCAAGAUGGGAAGCGAACGCUCUGGGACUUUGACAUCUGGCGUCGCGACGUCACCUCGGCCAUCGCGGAGCACCCGCCCACCCGCCAGCUGGUCGGGGAGCUCACGUCCAAGCUUCAGCAGUCCCUGUCCAAGCCGGUCGGCUGGACAGCCGUCCCGCUAGACGCCCGCUUCGAGACGGUGCGCGUGCGCGAGGCCAACAUCGGCAACUUUGUCUGCGACAUCAUGCGCCAGUACCACGACGCCGAUUGCACCAUCAUGGCGUCGGGCACCAUCCGCGGUGGCCAGAUCUACCCACCUGGCGUGCUGCGCGUCAAGGAGAUUGUCUCGUGCUUCCCCUUUGAGGAUCCCGUCGUGCUGCUGCGCGUCACCGGCCAGGCUAUCUGGGAUGCCAUCGAGAACAGCGUCUCGCUGUAUCCGGCUCUAGAGGGAAGGUUCCCUCAGGUCUCGGGCAUCGAAUUCACUUUCGAUCCCAGCCUCGAACCCAUGAAGCGUGUCACGGCCCUGAGCAUUGACGGAUACACGGCUCUGCUCGUCAAGUCCGAAGGUGGCGACGCAGAAGAGAUUAUCGACGAGGAGAGCGGCAUCCUCAUCUCGGCCCUGCUGCGCCAGUACUUUAUGGGACUGCGCACCGUAGGCCAGUGGAAACACCUGGCUGACCGAUGGGUGUCUAUGGCAGCAGCGACGGGGUCUCUGCCCCCGGAGGCUGAGAAGACGUCCAUCGACGCCGCCAACAAGGCUGCCAAGGUACAGCGAGACCAAGAGGAGGCGUCAAAGUCCUGGACCGACUUCCACCAGGCCCGUCUAGGACUCGCAAUGGCUCCCUCGCCCGAGGACAGCGACGACGAAGGCGACGGCGAUCAACCCGACAAGACCGGCAUAGAUGACAGCAUAGAUUGUGAGCUCCUCCUCAUGCGAAAGUUCUUUGCUAGAUGGGCUAUGCGCGCCAAGAUAAGGGGCGGCGUCUGCGAUGCUGUCCAGCUAGAUGAGUUUACUGUCGACUGGACGAGGACUAUCGCGCCCGUUGUCGACGGCAGGAUACACAUGAUUGAGAAAUGA